AAACAGCAGACUGUCCCUUGGGUCAUCUGACUAACUUUCUGAAAGAAAAACAAAACAUUUGCGUUUUGUAGAGCAGGAGUUGAAAAACCUCCGAACUCUUUCUCGUCGUCUCUCAUUACUCAGUUGUUCAGUUCUCAGGUGCCCAGUUUGUACAGUUGAGCUGUGGAGCUGAGGAUUUCAACAAGCCUAAUGGGUUUGUAUUAAAAAAGUUUUGUUGGCAGCAGAAAGGAAUUGAAUUAAAUUUUGGGGGAUUCAGUAUCGGUGUUCCUAUUGAGACAUAAAGGGAUGAUCGGGAGAAAAAGUAUUGGACGCGUAUCACCAAUACUUUUGGUGCUUUUGGCACUUGGGUUUUCCUUUGCUACAUAUAACUUGCUAAGCAUAGUAAUACACAACAAAGCUUCCUACUCGGCGCUUUUGCUGGCAGAUGAAUCGGAAUUAUUAAAAGAACCAGUUAUUUGGAGGGCCGAAAACGCAAGGAGAGCAGGAAAUUUGAACUCAAAGUUUCAUGUUGCGCUUACAGCCACUGAUGCUCCCUAUAGCCAAUGGCAGUCUCGAAUUAUGUAUUACUGGUACAAAAAGGUACAAGGCAUGCCUGGAUCGGAUAUGGGAAAUUUCACUCGAGUUUUACAUUCCGGAAAUGCUGACAAUUUGAUGGAUGAGAUUCCAACUGUUGUCGUUGAUCCACUCCCAGAAGGCUUGGAUCAGGGCUAUAUUGUCCUAAAUAGACCAUGGGCUUUUGUGCAAUGGCUGGAGAAAGCAACAAUUGAGGAAGAAUACAUUCUAAUGGCUGAACCUGACCAUAUAUUUGUAAAUCCUUUGCCCAACUUGGCACAUGGAAAUAGUCCAGCAGGAUUUCCAUUUUUCUACAUUAAACCGGCUGAAAAUGCAAGAAUAAUUAGGAAAUUUUAUCCCAAGGAAAAAGGUCCUGUGACUGAUGUUGAUCCAAUUGGCAAUUCUCCUGUAAUCAUAAAGAAGUCCUUGCUGGAAGAAAUUGCUCCCACAUGGGUGAACAUUUCUUUGAGAAUGAAGGAUGACGUAGAGACUGAUAAGGCUUUUGGAUGGGUGCUUGAGAUGUAUGCAUAUGCUGUAGCAUCUGCAUUGCAUGGUGUGCAGCAUGUUCUUCGUAAAGACUUUAUGCUGCAGCCUCCAUGGGAUUUGGAAGUUGGGAAGAGGUUCAUCAUCCAUUAUACAUAUGGAUGCGACUACAAUUUAAAGGGGGAACUGACUUAUGGGAAGGUUGGAGAAUGGCGUUUUGACAAGAGAUCAUAUCUCAGUGGUCCUCCACCAAGAAACCUCUCCUUGCCCCCUCCAGGAGUUCCUGAAAGUGUGGUAAGGCUUGUGAAGAUGGUUAAUGAGGCAACUGCCAACAUUCCUGGGUGGGACAUUGACUAGUGGUUGUGAUGAAAAGUAAGAUAUGCAAAUCGAUUCUUUUCUUGUUUACUGAUAGUUCAAAGGAUUACAGAGUCUGCCAAUACAAACUAUGCAUAGCAAGAGUACUGUGAUAGUUAGAUGAGGAAUUUCUUGAGUCAAAGAGUAUGUACGUUUUUGCUGUUGACGCUCUUUGAAAUAUAGCCUUGAAGAAGGAUAUUAAAUUCUUUUGUAUCUAUA